AUGUUACUCCAACUUCAAACGAAUCAUUGUAAAUUAAACAUAAUUCAAACAUACGCCCCUACAGCAGAUAAAUAUGACGAAGACAUAGAGGAAGAAAUUGAGGAAUUCUACAACGAAAUCAAUAACAUCAUGCAAUCUCUAAAAUCAAGGGACAUAACACUAGUAUUAGGAGACUUCAAUGCAAAGAUUGGCAGGGGAGAUUUGAUAAUUGUGUGGGAGAAUAUGGACUUGGUAGGAGAAACGAAAGAGGCGACAGACUGCUGCAAUUUUGCCAAGAGAACGAUUUUAUUAUAUCGAACACGUUCUUCAAACUUCCAAACCGUCGUUUGGUCACCUGGAAAUCUCCGCAAGACAACAAACAAAAUAUAG